AUGGCUCCCAGAGACGAUGAAUCUGUGAAGGUCUUCCUCAGCAUCGGGUUGGACGAUAAAACCGCAAGCACUACCAUCAACAACCCGAAGGUCACCGCUAAUCUCACCGCCGUUAUCCACGAGGCUGGUGUCACUGAUGGGUGCGAUCGAACUACUGGAAAUCUACUGUACACAGUCGCUACUAAGUACCAUUCAAAUCUUCGCGUGCAUCGUCCUACAUUGCUCAACUACAUUGUCUCCUCCAAGGUGAGCAAGCACGUGUCACCUUCAUCGAUAUCCAUCUGCAGCAGCUGUUUCAUUGAGGGAAAACUGGCGAAUGUUGUUUUGAUUCUCUCUGUCUGCAGAUUAAAACUCCUGCACAAUUGGAAGCUGCAGUUUCGUUUUCUUGAUAAAAACGCUCCUGAUGACUUCAAGCUAAAUGAAUUUGAGGAGGCAUGCGGUGUUGGGGUUGAAGUUUCUCAAGAAGAUAUUGAGAAAGCAGCUCAAGAUGUUUUUGAAGAAAAUAAGAGUUCAAUAUCGGAGAAGCGCUACCGAACUAAUGGUUAG